AACAUGAGCAAAACUCCUACUAAUAUUACGAUGCCCUUGAAAAGUGAGUGUAAAUCGGCAUCUAACACUGUGGUGGUAGAUAAGCUGGAUUCCAGGGUAUCGAUCGAUAUGGAGGCGCCCGAAUUUAAAGAUUUUGCCAAAACGAUGGUGGAUUAUAUAGCCAAUUACUUGGAAAACAUACGCGAAAGGCGAGUGCUGCCGGAGGUGAAGCCUGGUUAUUUGCAGCCACUGAUACCAGAGACCGCACCGGAGAAGCCCGAGGAUUGGCAGGAUGUGAUGAAGGACAUUGAGAGAGUGAUCAUGCCGGGCGUGACCCACUGGCACAGUCCCAAAUUCCAUGCUUAUUUCCCAACGGCCAACUCCUAUCCGGCAAUUGUGGCGGAUAUGCUGAGCGGUGCGAUCGCCUGCAUUGGAUUCACCUGGAUCGCGAGUCCAGCAUGUACUGAGCUCGAAGUGGUCAUGCUCGAUUGGUUGGGCAAGAUGCUGGACUUGCCGUCGGAGUUUCUGGCUUGUUCGGGUGGCAAAGGCGGCGGCGUCAUUCAGGGCACAGCCAGCGAGUCCACUUUGGUGGCAUUGCUGGGCGCCAAGGCGAAGAAGAUGCAGGAGGUGAAGGCAGAGCAUCCAGAUUGGGAUGAGCAGACGAUCAUUGGCAAACUAGUGGGCUAUGCCUCCGCCCAGGCGCAUUCCUCUGUGGAACGCGCUGGACUUUUGGGUGGCAUCAAGCUGCGCUCGGUGCCGGCUGACGAGCACAAUCGCCUACGUGGCGAUGCUUUGGAGGCGGCAAUCAAGCAAGAUUUGGCUGAUGGUCUGAUACCCUUCUAUGCCGUGGUCACCUUGGGCACCACAAACUCGUGCGCCUUCGAUCGCCUGGAUGAGUGCGGUCCGGUGGGCAACAAGCACAAUGUGUGGGUGCAUGUGGAUGCUGCGUAUGCCGGAUCCGCUUUCAUUUGCCCAGAGUAUCGUCAUUACAUGAAGGGCAUGGAGACCGCCGACUCGUUCAACUUCAAUCCACACAAAUGGAUGUUGGUCAACUUCGAUUGUUCGGCCAUGUGGCUUAAGGAUCCCAGCUGGGUGGUGAACGCAUUCAAUGUGGAUCCACUGUACCUGAAGCAUGACAUGCAGGGCUCAGCACCCGACUAUCGCCACUGGCAAAUUCCACUGGGUCGCCGAUUCCGUGCCCUCAAGCUCUGGUUUGUGCUGCGUCUGUACGGUGUGGAGAAUCUUCAGGCUCACAUUCGACGCCAUUGUGGUUUUGCCAAGCAGUUCGGUGAUCUCUGUGUGAAGGAUGAGCGCUUUGAGCUUGCUUCCGAGGUGAAUAUGGGUCUGGUCUGCUUCCGGCUGAAGGGCAGCAAUGAGCGCAACGAGGCGCUGCUCAAGCGCAUCAAUGGACGCGGCAAUAUACACAUGGUGCCGGCCAAGAUCCGCGAUGUCUACUUCUUGCGCAUGGCUGUUUGCUCCCGGUUCACACAAAGCGAGGACAUGGAGUACUCGUGGAAGGAAGUUAGCGCUGCUGCUGAUGAAAUGGAGCAAAGUGAGGCAGCUGACGAAAAGUGAGCGGCAAAAUAAUCGAAGUAUUAAAAGUGACAUGUUUAGGGAAUAUUUUUACAUUGGUCGCUCAUCCAUCUUUCAAAUCGCAAACAUAGAGAACUGAUCCGACUUUUUACUUCCUAAAAUAUUUAAUUUUCAUUUAGCUAGCUAAAUAUAUCUGAAAUGCUUGACACAUAAUGUGGUAUUCUCAAAGUGAAACGCGGAACAGUUCGCAUAAUCAGAAAAUAAAUCAUCGUUAUUAUUGUUGUUGAUGUUUUUAAAUGCUAUCCUAUUUAAUAAAUGUGCUU